AUGUCUUCAUUUAGACCGCAAUCCUCUUAGAUUAUUUCAGUCAGAUCACCCAGUCGAGUUGUUCCUCCUGUUGUUAAUAUGGGGACAUCAUAUGUUAUACCUGCUGCUCAAAAUUUGCCUACUACUGUAAUUGUAAAGGAAAAGAAUCCAGGAUCAUAUAAUUAUGAUAAAGAAGUUGAUGAAAGUGCAAGGGAUGAAUUAGAAUAGUGGAAAAAGAAGUACUUUUCAUUAGAAGCUCGAUUAGCUAAAUAUGAGAUAGAUAAUGAAAUUAAAGAUGAAUUAUAAUCAAGGAUAUUAGGUUCAUAGGAGGAUGUUAAAAAGUUUUAGAUAGAUUUUACUAAAGCACAAGCUGAUUUGGAUAAUUAGAAAUCUGAGAUGAAUAAGUUGAUUAUUGAAAAUUAGAAAUUGCUAAAUUAAUAAGUUGAGGUUGAAAGAUUAAAAAAAUUAGUGGCUGAAAGAGAGGAUACAAUAAGUCAACUUUUAUAAAAAUGCAAGGAAUAUUAAGAGUAAUUCUAAGAGCUGGAAGCUUUUCAAUAGGCUCUUUAAGAUAUGCAUAAUCAAAACCAAGGAAAAGAAUUAAUGAUUGAGACUUGGAAAUAAAAAUACAUUGAAAAUGACAAUAAAAAAUAAAAAGAAAUUGAUGAACUUAAAUCAAAACUUGCAGAAUUUAAUCCUGCAGAAGUUCAAAACUUAAAAGAUUAAUUUUAAAGAGAAAGACAAGAAUCGUAGAAUCAAUUAAAAAAAUAACAAUCUGAUUUAGCUGCUGCCCUUAAAUAGCUAGAUCAAUGGAAAAUUAAAUAUAAUAAUCUGGAUCUCUAACAUCAAUAAUUAUCAUCUGCUCAAAAAGAAUCAAUUGCUAGAGUUGAGACUUUGACCCAAGAGUAAAACAAGUUGUCUACUCAGAUUCAUUAACUUAAUGAAGAUAAACAAAAAUUGUAAAUUGAACUGGAAUAAACCAAAGGAUAGCUUAAACUUCAUUAAGGCUUGAUUGGAGAAUUAGAUAGGAUUAAAAAACUAUUAUCUGAUAAGAGUGCUGAAUUAUAACAAAUGUUGUAAUAAUCGUAACAAAAGGACAUAGAUUUAAAUAAUGCAGAAUUGACUAUUUCUGAAUUAAAUCAAAAAAUCAAGUCAUUAUCACUUUUAUAGUAAGAAAACUAAAGAUUGUAACAUGAAAUUGAUGAAUCCCAUAGAGAAAAUGAAAAACUUGCUCAAGAAAAUUCUCAAUUAUUGAAGGAUAUUGAUAAAUUUAAACUUUUAGAAUAAGAGAAAUAGUAAUUAGAAAGUAAAGUAAGUAUGUUGGCAUCAGAAAUAGAGAGAUUAAAAGUUUAACUUAAAUAAAAAAACGAAAAGAUAUUAGAGUAAUAAGAAGAUUUGAAAAAUUUAUAAGAAUAGUUAGGAGAAAUUGAAUAAUUAGAGAAUUAAAAUCAAUAAUUAUUGAAGGAAUUGGAAUAAAAAGAUAAAAUCAUAGAAGAAUUAGAAUAAAAAUUACAAGAACUCAAUGUUCUUGAAUAAAAAUUGGCUGAUGCUAAUAAUAAAAUAUAUGACUUAGAAAACAAGGUAGCAAUGUUGAGUGCUGAAUCUUAAAGAUUGAGAUACUUGAAUGAUCAAAAAACAGAACAAUUGAAAAAUGCAGAAGAAUAAUUGUCAGAUUUAAAUAUAUUGAAAGAAAAAUUAAGUUAAUUGUAAAACAAGUAUGAUGCAUAACAAUAGGUGAAUUAAAAUUAUUAAGAUGAAUUAGAAAAACUGAGAGGUUAAUCGAAUUAAGCAAAUACAAAUAUAGCUGAAUUAAAACGAUAAUUAGAAGAAUAGAAGGCUUAAGAUAUUAUUCAUAAGCAAUCCAAUUCCGAAUCUGUAAUUGCAGAAUUGCAAUAAUAGCUUAGUUCAUUAUAACAAAGUUAUAAGAAGGUUUCAGAAUCAAAUUUAGCAAAUGAGGAAGAUCCAACUUUAGAUUUAUAAAAUAGAUUAACUCUUCUUAAAUAAGAAAACCAAAGAUUAAAUUAAACUAUUUAGCAAAAGAAUUAAGAAGUCCUUAAUCAUUAAUAAUAAAAUCAAAAUUUAUAAUAAGAACUAUUAGAAUUAGACUCUUUAAAGGUCUAAAUUAAAGAAUUGCAUGAAUCUAAUACUGUAUUAUAAGAACAAUUAUAAAAUGAGGCUAAAGGGAGAUAAGAAUUGGAAUAAAGAAUUUAAUAAACUGAAUCUGAGAAGUACGAUUUAUAGAGUAAGUGUGCAAUGUUAUCCACUCACAUUGAAGGAAUGAAAUAUAAAUUAGAUAAGAUGGAAAACGUGGAUGAUCUUAAAAAGAGAAUUUAAGAAUUAGAAGGUUAAUUAGCUGAAAUGUAGGCUCUAGAAUUGGAAAUAGAAAGCUUAAAAGAUAGAAUAGCAGAACUUGAGAAAGAAUUAAAAUUAUGGAAAUAAAAGCAUGAAUCCUUAGAUUAGUCAUAUUAAUAAUUACAGAUGACUAAAGAAUAGAUGGAAAAUAAAUUAGCUAUGCUUUCAUCUGAAAUAGAAAGACUUAAAGUCUUAAAUAAAAAAAAACAAGAUGAAAUUGAUUAAUAAAAUUAAGAAUUGAUAAAAUUAGAUUAAGAAAUGAAUGAUUUACAUAAUUAAUUAGAAGAUAUUAAUGAAUUAAAAACUUAAUUAGGUUCUCUUGAGAACUAAUUACAAUAACAAAUUGAUGAUAAUUAAGAUAAAUUAAAUGAGAUUACUCAUCUAAAAUAAUAAGUAGCUGAAAUAGAAGGUUUAUUGGUAAAUUAGGAAGAUUUACAAAAUCAAAUAAAAAAAUUAGAAACUGAAUCACAAUCAAAAGAUGAAAUUAUAGAUUAAUUUAAACAAAAGUUAACUUAAUUAGAAAGUAAAAUAGCCGAACUUGAAGAUAUUAAAUAUAAAUAUGAGGAUAAAAUGGCACUUUUGAGCAGUGAAGUUAAAAGAUAUGAAUUUAAAGCAAAGAAAUUAGAAGAUAAAUCUAAUGAAUUAACAACUUAAGUUGAUCAUUUAACUGCAGAUUUGAAUGAGGCAGAUUAGAAAGUUAUUGAAUUAGAAAAAGAUUUAGGAUAAUGGAAAUUUGAAUAUUCAAAAUUAAAUAGUCUUCAAUACAAGAUUGAUGAAUAUAGUUUCUUAUUGGUAGUUUCCUUUGCUGAAAUUGAAGCUUUAAGAUCAUAAGUCACGACAUUAAAUGAGUAAUUGGAUGGUCAUCAAAAAACAAAAGUAGCAUUAGCGUUAGCAUAAUGA